CCUCUUUCACGCACUUAUCUCUCUUUCAUUAUUGCCAUGGCACCAUUAUUGCUGCUAUCUCCAUCUGGAGAACCAUAUAGCACAAACGGAUUCCAGUCACUCUCGGAUAAAAAUACGCUUUGUCUGCGGUCUGAUAACAUACUCAAACAUGCAGUCUCAGCUUCGCCACAGUGGUGCCCUACACUUGAUGUUCUUGCUAUCCCGGAGGGCCAUGCAUUACGUCUAGUGCGGCUAAGCGGUGGGCAGACGGUAUGGCGUCGGCUCCCACAGGAUCACCUCCCACGACAUGCUGCCCCAGAUGCCAAGAAAUCGGCUACAGACCCUGAUCUUGUCAGCGCAUUGGCAUGGCACCCUGCAGGCAGAUACAUCGCAGUUGUCUAUGCCGAUGGUCGAGUGGUACAGCGCGAGCCGGCACAUGGCGAAAUCAUACACGAGGCGAAGAUCAAUCUCGACGACGAUGAACGUGUUGUGAGCUUGCAGUGGGUCAAAUGCAUGAGCUCUGAAUCCAAUAGCCAUAUGCCUAACCAGACUAUGGAUAUGCAGCUUUCAUUGCCAAGGCUGGCUCCGCUGAGAAAAGGCGAAGACGGCCCUGGGCACAUCAACCCGUCGACUUCAGAGGACCUGACAGCUAUGAUUGCUGUAACGAGCCACGGCACAGUCUGGAUGAGUCUUUACGGGACAUUUGCUCUGCCGCUAAAGAGGGUAGCAACCCUUGACAGCACAGUGGUGCGCGCUUGUAUCAGCAGUGACACCAGAAAGCUGUUUAUUGUGACCAGUUCCAACGACAGACACGAAAGCCAGCUGUCUAUCCUGGACACGUCGUUGCUGGCGGUAUCAUCGCCUCUGCUGAGCGAGCUGGCCUCAUCAUCUGCGCACCUGUCAGGUCUCUGCUUGCACCUGGGGAAUGUUAUCGAAUCGAUUGCCAAGGAAUGUGUGACCCGGAAUGAAGGGUCUUCACGCCAAACGCUGCUCGAUAGCUUUGAGAGUGUGUUGCGAGACCAUGGUAUCGAGGAGGUAACCAGCCCUGAAGCUGAACUAACUCGUCUUGCAGUGACUGGCCGUGCCACGGAUUCAUCGUCGCAGUUCCUGCUGAACAAGUUUAAGAUAACUCGUCUGAAAAGCUGGGAAAGUGCAGGACGUCCUAGGUGCGGUAGAUAUCACCAGACUCGCUUACCAGCACGCACUGCCGGCUAUUGAACGCACUAUGCUAGCAGUCACCAACCUUCUGCGCAUAGUCAACACCGAAAUUGAUACAGAUGACUGCGAUGGGAAGCAGCGUGUCUGUUGUCAGCUGCAGAGGGUGGUCGUUGUGCUCGCCUGGCUGUAUUCUCGUGUCGACGAGUUUAUGCUCGCUGUGUGUGAAGAGCAGCGGGAGAAUCAGGAAUUUGUCGACUGGGCAUUAUUAACUAUUGAGGAUAUCAUCUGGCAGAAUGGGGGAUCCAGCAGAUCUGGGAGUCGUGACGAGCAGCGCAACGAGGAUGAGGGUGCGCGACCGGUGCGCCCACAUGUUGAUUACAGGCUGCUGCUCAGAUUCAUUCGCAGCGCAUUCC